AUGAAAAAGAAGGAAUUUAAGGGACUCGACCUCAUUUCCUAUGAUGUCGAUAUGAACGUGAAUGAUUUAACGAAAAUAGCAAAUAGAAUUUUGGAAUCAAAAGGAGGAAAUACAUUAUUAAAGAAAAGCAGCCCUUCAAUUUUGGGCCAAAUUGACACAUCGGAUGUGGUCGAUCAAGACAUGUACAAUGAGAUCAUGAAACAAAAUAGAAGUUUGCAAGUUUCAAAAAACGUGUCGGAAACAAACCUUUCUCAACAAACUCGAACCAUGCUACCUUUGUUCAAAGCCAAUACUCGAACCUCAGAUAAAAAAGGACAACAAGUGGAAUCUCUUUUAAGAGAUAAUGUGGUUGCCAAAAUACCGAUCAACAAGCAAUUCAAGGAAUCCAAUUUUGUGGAGCAACCCCCUGAAGUUUUAGAAAAAUGUUUGAGAGAAGAGUAUGCAGCAAGAUAUUUGGAAAAGUUGAACAUUUCAGUGACACAAAAAAACUUGAAAAUUGUCAACAACAUUUUACCAAUAAGUCAAUGUGUGGCUCACAAACACAGAACACCCAACAACGAAUUAUACUUGUCAUUCACUCCACAGCCACAUUUAAUUGCUAGAAAAAGUGGUACUACUUCCUCAUUCAAUGGAUUAACACCAACAAGAAUGGCAGAUAAAACUGAAUUUGAAUAUCGAGUGAUGGAAAUCAUGGACAAGGAAAUGUCAAAUCUUAAUUUUCAGUCCAUAACAAACAAUGAACCUAAGAAGAAUAUCGAAUCCCUUCCAGUUAAAUCGGAAGAGAAUACCCAGCCUAAAUCAGGUCUUGUGAACAAGGAAGGAAAACUUACAGUACCAAAGUUUGAGGAAUAUAAGAAAUACAUUUAUCCUUACAAUCUAAUAAGAGAAAAAUUUAUGUUGGAUGGAGAAAAAGAAGAGAUGGAACAAUCUAUAUUUGAGAGACAUCAAUAUAAUACAAUGAUGAUUGAAAAAAGCAGAAUGGCAAGAAUGCAAUCUUUUCUAAUUAAGGAUUCACGUCGACCUCUCAGUCGACCAAAUGAAAGAACGAAGGACUUGGUUGAAGACAAGGGAAGAAGUAGGUCAGUUCUUGGAAACCCCAACAACAGUCAAGUAUUGGAUGAUUUUCAUUUCAAUGAGCAAUUCAAAUUUGAUGAAAAAGAGUUGGAAAAGACACCUCAUUUAUCAUCCUUUGAAAUUGUUGAGCUGCAAAAUAGUUUUUUUGAAGAAUUUCCAUUCCAUAGAUGGAAUUGGAUUUCAGAGAAUCAGAAGAGAUCCAUUGCAAAGGACAUUACGGAUAUAAAACUCACAACAUUCAUUAAGGUUUUCAUUGAGUUCUGUUAUUGGACCUUCUUACAUGAAUUCUCGAAAGAGAAGGUGGAUCGAAAUGACUUGGAAAAGCGAUUUCUGUCUGCCUACGAAGAUUUAAUUGAAGAUUUCAAAAAGUUCAGGAGUAGCAAGAUGAAAGUGACCACCAAUCAUCCAAUAAUUUUGUUGUGCAUUCGAGUGACAACAGAGAGUACACUUCGAAUCUGCUACCAAACUUUUUGUAAAACCAAAUAUUUCUCUACACUCUGCUACAAGAUGUCAUCGUUAGUUUCAUAUUUAUUUGAUCCUGACUCCGAUGUACUGAGUAAGCUUCCUCCUAUUGAAUCAAACAUCAAAGAAAGAAAGAUUAUUGAAAAACUUUCUCGAAUUUCAAGGAAAGACGAACUGGUUUCCACGAAACGAAAAGCAAAUUCUGUCUCUCCUGUGAUGACAAAUGUACUAUUGACAUCACCGUUGCGAGACAAAAAUUUAGAGUUCUCGGACAACCUAUCCAAACGAAUCAUCAAAUCAGUGGUUUCUGUGCUGAGCGAAGACUUGAGAAUGAAAUUGAUGAAUAUCUACAUGAAGAAAUCAAAAUAA